CUUUCUCUCCACACCACAGUGGCAGGUCAAGAAGGAGAAGGCUGCAAACAAUGGAGGAAGACAAGCGAGGCCACACGGGAGCUGCCACCCGGCCACUACACCAACACCACUUCACCCCUCACACCUCUGGGCACCCGUGUUCCAACAAGAACACUUUCGCCAGCUUGGAGAUUGCACCUGCUCACCUAACCAUUCUAGCUCAAGACCCCAGAGUAGAAGGCAGACAAGCUGACAGGCUAGCCCGCGGCACCAUGUCUGCGAGCAGCGGGAAGCCGGCGCCGACCCUGACCCAGGAGAUCCUCAGCCACCUGGGCCUUGCCAGCAAGACUGCGGCAUGGGGCACCCUGGGCGUCCUCAGGACCUUCCUGAGCUUCAGCGUGGACAAGGACGUGCAGCGGCUGCUGAGGGCCAUCGCAGGCCAAGGGGUGGACCGCGGCGCCAUUGUAGAUGUGCUAACCAAUCGCAGCAGAGAGCAGAGGCAGCUCAUCUCCAGAACCUUCCAGGAGCGCACCCAGCAGGAGCUACUGAAGUCCCUGCAGGCGGCACUCUGCGGUGACCUGGAGAGGAUCGUGGUGGCUCUGUUGCAGCCUGCAGCCCAGCUGGACGCCCAGGAGUUGAGGACAGCCUUGAAGGCCUCAGGUUCUGCUAAGGAGGUGGCCACGGAAAUCCUCGCCACCCGAGCCCCAGCCCGACUGCAGGAAUGCCUGGCGGUUUACAAACGUGACUUCCAGGUGGAGGCAGAGGAGGACAUCAAGUCGGAGACCAGCGGCACAUUGCGGGACCUGCUCCUGGCCCUGGCCAAGGGGGGCCGUGAGAGCUACUCUGGAGUCAUUGACUACAACCUGGCAGAACAGGACGCCCAGGCCUUACAGCAGGUCCAAGGACCCCACAGCGAGGGCACAUGGGUCCGAAUCUUCACCCAGCGAAACCCCGAGCACCUCAUUCGAGUGUUUGAACAGUACCACCAAGGCACCGGGCAGGGGCUGGAGGAUGCUGUCCGGAGCCGUUUCCAUGGAGACACCCAGGUGGCCCUGCUCAGCCUCGCCUCGGUGGUCAGGAACACACCACUCUACUUUGCUGAGAAACUUCAUCAAGCCCUCCAGGAAGCCGAGCCCGAUCAUCAAGCCCUGACGCGCAUCCUCAUCUCUCGCAGUGAAACUGACCUUCUGAGUAUCCGAGCCGAGUUCAAGAAGAAAUUUGGGAAGUCUCUCUACUCUUCUCUCCAGGAUGCAGUGAAAGGGGACUGCCGCCCGGCGCUGCUGGCCCUGUGCAGGGCCGAAGACAUGUGAGAGCGCAGCCCCCACUCCACUCCACACGGCCUUCAAGGAUCCGAGAGUCCCACGUGCAGAGAAGCCUGCGGGAGACCAGCUGGGCCCCCACCACCACCUGCCCAGGACCUCAGGAUCCAGCUUCCUGAUGAGCCUGGAACUCCACCUUUCUUUUAAAUCUCUUGAUCUCUUUUAUCUCAAAAUGAUGUCUAGCUUAGGUUCCCCCCCACCCCCCACCCGGUCUUAGGUGGGGGGCUGAUGGGGGCUUUCAGGCAGUUUCUGCCUCUCUCAUCUUUCUGGUAUCCUGGCCAGAAUGUCUCACUGGUUCUUGAAUUCUUUUGGCAAAUGUCACUGUUGUUUGUGUUCCCUGAUUGAAGUCUGGGUGGAGCAGGACAUGGGCCAGGAAGAGGCCCUGGCGAUGGAGGCACCUUUGAUGUGCGCUGGGCCAUUCAACAGGAAUCCUGUUUUAGCCCCGUGCUGUCCCCACCUCAGGCCUCCCCUCCCCUCUCAUUAUUCUCUCUUCCCCAGGA